AUGGUGGGUACCCUGGGCGCCCCUCCUCCGCUCUCCCUCUCGCCAGCUGCCCAGCUGCAAGUGUGCAUGUUCCAGCCCCUCGUGCAGCAAGGCUUCGCUGGCCUUGCUCUGGACAGCUGCCUGGACGACGUGCCCUCAAGCAGAGAGGGUGGUUGUGUCCCCUGCACAGAGGCUGCAGGGGGGACCCUGGCCAGCAGCCCGCUGCGGGCCCUGCCUGCCGGCUCCCCCGCUGGCUCCCGGGCUCAGCUUCGCCCUCUGCGGGUCCCUAACCUCCCCAAGGAGCGCGUCACCAGGAAGCACAGAGAACCCGGGGGGGGCGAGUCCUCGGGGCGGGACCGCGCGGCCAUUGGCUGGGCCGAGGGGCCGUCCGGCCGGAGGCGGGUCUUCGGGGCGGGGCCGGGAAGGCCCGCGCGGCCAUUGGCUGGACCUGCACCCCGCGCUUUGGCGGCCGCCGCGCCCGCGCCCGGGAAAGCCGCACUCACUCACCCGGGGAAGGCGAUCCUGGCAGGCGGCCUGGCGGGCGGCAUCGAAAUCUGCAUCACCUUCCCCACCGAGUACGUGAAGACGCAGCUGCAGCUGGACGAGCGCUCGCACCCGCCGCGCUACCGGGGCAUCGGGGACUGCGUACGGCAGACAGUCCGCAGUCAUGGCGUCCUGGGCCUGUACCGCGGCCUCAGCUCCCUGCUCUACGGCUCCAUCCCCAAGGCGGCCGUCAGGUUCGGGACGUUCGAGUUUCUCAGCAACCACAUGCGGGACGCCCAGGGACGACUGGACAGCACGCGCGGGCUGCUGUGCGGCCUGGGCGCCGGAGUGGCCGAGGCCGUAGUGGUCGUGUGCCCCAUGGAGACCAUCAAGGUGAAAUUCAUCCAUGACCAGACCUCUGCCAGUCCCAAAUACCGAGGAUUCUUCCACGGGGUCAGGGAGAUCGUGCGGGAACAAGGGCUGAAGGGGACGUACCAAGGUCUCACGGCCACCGUGCUGAAGCAGGGAUCCAACCAGGCCAUCCGCUUCUUCGUCAUGACCUCCCUGCGCAACUGGUACCGAGGGGACAACCCCAACAAGCCCAUGAACCCGCUGAUCACUGGUGUGUUCGGAGCCAUCGCGGGUGCAGCCAGUGUCUUCGGAAACACUCCACUGGAUGUGAUUAAGACCAGGAUGCAGGGACUGGAGGCACACAAGUACCAAAACACGUGGGACUGCGGCCUGCAGAUCCUGAGGAACGAGGGACUCAAGGCGUUCUACAAGGGCACUGUCCCGCGCCUCGGCAGGGUCUGCCUGGACGUGGCCAUCGUGUUCAUCAUCUACGACGAGGUGGUGAAGCUUCUCAACAAAGUGUGGAAGACGGACUGAGCCCUGGGGUCUGUGUGCGGGCUGCCCCCGGCGCUCCCUUCUUACAAUUCCAGUGCAGUCGUGCCAAAAGGCCUGUUCCCUGUCCCGCGUACUCCAUGGCCUGGGUGUCCCCUUUGGCCGUCGGGUCCACACGUCCUCUGUGGCCUGUACACCACCACCACCAGUGUCUGUGUGUCCAGCUGAGACUGGGUGUCCCUCUGGCCUGUGAAUCUGUGCCCACUUGUCCACGUGCUUGUGUGCCCGUGUCGUUUCAUGUGCUGUGACCCUGUGCCCCACUUCCCGGGGUGCCCAUGUGGCCGGGGUCACGUCCCAGCCCGGUGCCUUCCACCCUGGGCAGCAGGGGCAGUGCCCCGGCCCACCACAGCUGCCUCCGGGCCUCAGCCUGGCCUCACUGCAUUCCAGGGGCUGCGUGGCCCCCGCUUUUCCCGCCACUGGCCUUAAUGGCCCUCGGGCCCUCCCUCCGCCCGGGACAGGGUGGCACCUGCCACUCUCAGGACCACCCUUCCAAGGCAAUAAACCGGAUCCUGUUGCAG